ACCGGAAGCCGUGUGUUGGGGGUUGUCAACAUCCUCGGUAGGAUGGUCGCGGUCUGCUCCGGGUUUACUCCCUCUGUACCCGGAUUAAACAUCAACACAGCGACACGCUCCAGCCGCAGGCUCACCACCGGACCCAACUGAUCCGAACCGAUCCGGAUUCACGUCCGAGUCCAGCAUGAACGAGUCGGAGGGGCUCCGGUUCCGGCGGCUGCACCGACCGCAGGUCAUCACCGACGAGCUGCCCGAGCACCGUUACAAAGGAUCCGGCACCUACAGUGGGAAGGUGUUCCAGGUGACUCUCCUCUCUCUGGGCGGCUUCCUGCUUCUUCCUCUCCUCGUCAUCAUCCUCAUCCUGGAGUCUCCGAUCCAUCCUGAAGUCUUCACUCUGAAGGAGCCUCCGCUGAUGAAGGGCUGCUGGGAGCCGAACCUGAAGCUCAGAGAGGCUCAGAGACUCUUCGAAGACCAGAUCGUCGGACCUGAAUCCAUCGCCAACAUCGGAGAUGUUUUGUUCUCUGGAACAGCUGACGGGAAAAUCGUGAAGCUGGUCGGUCGAAGAAUCCACACGGUGACGAGACUUGGAAAACUGCCAUGUGGGUCCAGAGAGGAGGAGUCCAGCUGUGGGAGACCGCUGGGGAUCCGGGUCGGACCCAACGGGACUCUGUUUGUAGCUGAUGCUUACCUGGGUCUGUUCGAGGUCAACCCCACCACAGGUGAAGCGACGCGGUUGGUGUCGGGCGGUCAGGUGGUCGCCGGCAGGAAGUUGUCGUUCAUUAACGACGUGGCGGUGACGCAGGAUGGGAAGAAGCUGUACUUCACUGACUCCAGCAGCAGGUGGCAGCGCAGAGAUUACCUGAACCUCAUCAUGGAGGCGACGGCUGACGGACGAGUGUUGGAGCUGGACACAGAGACCAGAGAGCUGUCUGUGGUGAUGGAGAACCUGAGGUUCCCAAACGGCAUCCAGCUGCUGCCAGAUGAGGAGUCAGUGCUGGUGGCAGAGACCACCAUGGCCCGGAUACGCAGAGUCCACGUGGCCGGUCUGAAUAAAGGUGGGAUGGACACCUUCAUGGACAACCUGCCCGGUUUCCCCGACAACAUCCGACCCAGCUCCAGUGGAGGUUACUGGGUGGCCAUGUCUGCGGUGAGGCCCAACCCCGGAUUCUCCAUGCUGGACUUCCUGUCCCAGAGACCCUGGAUCAAGAAACUCAUCUUCAAGCUCUUCAGUCAGGACGUUCUGAUGAAGUUCGUUCCUCGGUACUCUUUAGUGGCUGAGCUCCAUGACGGUGGCGUCUGCACGCGAAGUUUCCACGACCCUAACGGCCUGGUGGCGGCCUACGUCAGCGAGGUCCACGAGCACGACGGGAGUCUGUACCUGGGCUCCUUCCGCUCGCCGUACAUCGCCAAACUCGACCUGCGCAAGGUGUAACAGGACGACCAAUCAGAGGACGGACGUUUGUGAUGUCAGGACGAUCGGUCACGUGACGAGAUGCUUCUCGUCUCCGUUACUUUUAUUUGCCGUGAGGAAACACCAGUCACCUGCUCUCAUCCAUCACUGCACACACACUUUUUAUUUCAUUUAAAAUCAGUUCAGCUGAAUGUUUGUCGAUCAGCUCUGUGAUCGAUCAUCUAUUGAUCAAUCAGGCUGCUCCUGUUUCUCACACGCUAACAUUAGCUUUGAUGUUAGAGCUAACUGCUGUUAGCUGCUACAGGAAACCUGGAGUCAGUGUGGUGAUGAGUUCACUGUCGUCUGUAAAACACAAACUCUUUACUUCAGUGAGUCUGGACGAUGUGAGGCGUUCAGGGUCACUUCAUUCACAGUUAUUAUAACCUAAAAACAAAACAACUGAUCAACCGAUCAGUGAUCAGACUCAUUGAUCAGUGUGUGUUCUGACCUCAGCUCUGACUCAGAAACUGAACGCCGUCGUCCUCGUGCCUCUUCUCCAAGAUGGAGGAGGAGCUUAGCGGACGCCAUUUUGACAGUGAUGAUGUCGUCAUCACUGAACAGUUUUAUCCACAAACAUGAUCAACUUCGUGCAGAAUCAGUCGGAGUCUCCUCCUCAGAACACACACUGAUCAAUCAGUCUGAUCAGUCUGAUCGAUCAGCCCUCAUGUGUCAGAUAUACUGGCUGCAGAUGCUGCAGAUGUUGUUGUGUGUGUCAGGACGUCGAGCUUCUCUUCCUCAUGUUGUGUUUGAGCUGCAGAUAAAACCUGAGAAACAGCUCGUUACCUGACCUGAGCCAGCUGUUUACAGCUGUUUACAGCUGUUUACAGAUGUUGAGACGAGGUACCGCUCUCAGACUUUAGUUUUAGCUCAGACAGUUAAAGACCUGAGCUGCUGCUGUUUAGUUUCUGACGCCUGCUUCUCAUGUAACUUGUUUUGUGGAUUUUUCCUCGACAGACGAACUCGUCCUUUACUCUCAUCUGUCUUCACCUCAGCUUUGAAUGAAACCUGUUUUUUACCUGCUCUCUAAAACCUGAAGAUGUGAUGAGUUCAGUUUAUUGUGUCUGAUUUUAACAGUUUUGUUCAUCAGUAAUAUGUUAAUUAAUGACAUUUCAAAAUAAAAGACUCUCAGAACACA